CAAACCGCGGCACGUUUUCAAAUUCCUGUUUGAUAGUGCACAUACAUCUGUACAAGGCGAAAUACAUUCAGUAGUCGUGCCAUCUGAUAAUUUAAACUUUGUGUGCCAGUUGCGUGAGGCCAUUAAUUCAGGUUCGUAGUACAGUAGGCCUUCCUCUCUAAUGUGAGCCCAGGCAAAAAUCUGGACUGGUUCCGGAAUGGUUCCAGUUGAACGUGAAUAUUCCCACACUACGAUGCAACAACAUCGCGGACAGUGGAGGACUAUGGAGUCACGUGCCUCACCUGGUCGUUCCGCCUCAGCUCCGGCUCUCGUAGGAACCCUCGUCUCAGUGGCCACUUGGACUAUAAUCCACAACGGACAGCCCGUUUCCUGGGCGUCGCGCUCGCGAUGGAACAACCAGCCCCGACCACUAGCUCCAUUUCUGGGCCCCACUCUUGCCGAACGACACCCCAGCGACCCGCUUCAGCCACUGACGGCAGAAGAAAGAAGGCUUUUGUGCCCAGUCUGCCUGGUCUCCGAGGUGCACCGAACUACACAUAGACGGGGCUCCCUCCACCAAGCCCGGACCGAGGCCGCCCGCGCCACGAAUGAUGUAAACGCCGCUCUUGCCACUAUCAGACGCCUUAGGCCAGAGUUGCUAGCCGAUCCUGGGCUGCUCACGGCUCACGGUCCUGCUCCACCUCCGGGACCACCACCUCCGCCGGCCCCAGAAGAGGAUCUCCUUGAUGACCUCAUGGACUUGUAGGGGGGGAGAUUGUGGCAGAUUUCUUAUCUGCCAGAUAUGCCAGCAUCCCGUGCUACGAACUUGGUGGGGGCGUGGCCUUUUUCUUAUUUAGGGUCGGUAGCCUGGCCUUGUAUGUCAUUCCUGGCCGGGGUAAAAUCGUGGCAAGACGUGUUCGUCGCUCUGGUUGCUCGACUGUGUUGAAAGGUAGAAUAAACCUGGUAUGUUCGUUUGAAUUUCA